AUGAGGCACAUCUCCAUCCAUUCACAUUCCCAGAUACUAAACUGCCUGAAGAAAAAAAAGCCAAAAAUUCCAUGUGUGACCCACCACUUAGUGAUGCAGUGCCAAAGAGGGAAGUCUUCAGUUUUAUUGAUGAGUGAAGAGGAUCAAGGUUUUAAAAUUAUCAAAAAUGGCCACUUCUGUUGGAUGCAGACCUUUCUCUGCCACAUGCAAAAAAGAAAAAAAGCAGUAAAAGAAGCAGCCCUGUUAAUCUCAAACUUUUCUCGUACUGCAAGGAAUACUAAUUUGGUUUUGCAGAAAAAUAUGGAAAUUAUAAUUAAAGCUGUGGUGUUGAAAUUACUUAUUGGCUUGUAA